UUUUUCUUUCUUUCCUUAUAGUUUUUAAUCAUCAUCAUCAUCAUCAUCAUCCCUUUUCUUCCAUGGCAAGGCCAUAUUCAGAACCUGCAACUCUCAAACACACACGCAAAAACCCUUCAAUAUUCAAAUCCCAUUUCUACCUCUUUACCCUAUCAAUCCUCAUCGUCUUCUUCUUCUUCAUGUCUCAAUUAUGGCCCCAAAUAUUAACCACAACCACCACAACCCCAGAAUCCUUCUUCCUCCAUAGCCACCAUAACAGCAGCUGCACCAACACCUCCAUAGCCACCAUGCUCCAAGAAUCCAUCACUUUCCUCCCCCUCAAAGACCUUCGAUACUCCAACAACCCCCUCCAUGGCCACACAUGGUUCAUGAGCUCCCUUUUCGACACCCGCGAAAACGGCCAUGUCCAGUUCCAAGAAUUCCCCUCAAAAGCUUCGAAAGGCCGGAUUUUGUGCCUUAAUGGCAGCGACACCCACGACGGCUCGCGAAACUCAUAUGCCCUCGCUUGGCCCCAAUUCUUGCCCCCCAAUUCGACCCUCCUAAAUGGUCUCACUUUCAUCUCCUACAACCACUACAACUACCACAACAUCUGGCACGCCCUCUCCGCUGCCGUCCCCUUCGUCGCCUGGCACCUCCACCACCGCUGCCGGAACCCUAAUUCCCCCGCCAGAUGGAUCCUCUACCAUUGGGGAGAACUCAGAACCUCCAUGGCACCUUGGCUCACUUCUUUAAUGGAAGCCACGUUCGAAACCCCUGUAAAGAUCGAAACUUUCGACGCCAGCAUCAAUGGCGGAUUCAAUUUUCCGGCGUGCUUUGAAAGGGCCGUUGUAAUGAGACACAAUGAAGGCGGCAUGUCACGUGAGAGGCGCAUGCAAGUCUACGAUUUCCUAAGAUGCAAAGCUAGGGUUUUCUGCAAUGUCCAAAUUAUUGGAAAACCUAUCGAGGUUAACGAUCAUGGCAUUCCUGUAAUUAGGGUCACAAUGUUGAUGAGAACCGGGCCGAGGUCUUUCCGGAAUGACUCCGCCGUCAUCGGAAUAUUCGAAGAUGCUUGCCGGAAAGUCGCCGGCUGCCGCCUGAGAGUCGCCCACGCCAACAAUCUCUCAUUCUGUCAGCAGGUGGAAUUGAUGAGCUCCACCGACGUGGUGGUGUCGCCGCACGGCGCGCAGCUGACGAACAUUUUUCUGAUGGAUCGGAACAGCAGCGUAAUGGAAUUUUUUCCCAAAGGAUGGCUGAGGCUCGCCGGAAUCGGACAGUACGUCUACCACUGGAUCGCCAGCUGGUCGGGGAUGAACCACCGCGGCGCGUGGCGGGACCCCGGCGGCGGCGAUGAUUCCGAUGUCUGCAAUUUGCCGGAAAAUGACCGGCGGUGUAUGACGGUUUAUAAAAAUGCGAAAAUCGGACACAACAGAAGCUAUUUCUUGAAGUGGGCAGGAGAUGUUCUGAACGACGUCAGCAUCGGAAAAGCUGCAAAUAUUGGAUUUGGAAAUGGAAUUUCUGAGGGGAAUAAGAUUUCUUCCUGCGACUGUAAUUAAUU